UUCCCACUCACACAGCUACACUCCACACUCAACGCAUGUGGGCAGCGCUGCGGAGACUCUCCUCCGGUUCGAGCAGAGCAACAGGAGGCAGUGAACUCAGUCAAGAUGGCAAAGCGCGCCGAGCCGCGAUGAAGGGGCUGCGCUCCCCACACCUUUGACAUCGGCUGCCUUUCACACUUCUGCGACCACCAGCACCACCGAUGCAACCGCGCCCACCCAAACAUCCAAGGAGUUCCCCUGUGGAAAAUGGCCAGCAAGGCAAGAGCUGGUGUGAACCUUUAAAAGUUGUCUCCUCCCUUAAGACAAAUCCAAGAACGGACACCAGGGAGAACUUGCCACGCGAAGAUAAGAUGCCAAUACUCUUAAAUUUUGUUUAAUAAACUACCCCCCCCCCCCCCACCACGCACGAGUUAUUGUCGGAAGAAUAAGAAAGGAAAAUCUAACUUCUGGGUUUUGCUGGAAGGCUGAAGCAUCAAGAUCAGCGUCGACUCAAGAAACGAUACGGUGCUCGAUUGAGUUCUCGUCCCUGGCAUCCGUCCACUAGACCAUGAUGUUUCGCGACCAGGUCGGAGUUCUCAACAGCUGGUUCAAGGGGUGGAACGAGUGCGAGCAGACGGUAGCCCUGCUGUCCCUGCUGAAGCGCGUGAGCCGGACCCAGGCCCGCUUCCUGCAGCUCUGCUUGGAGCAUUCCCUGGCCGAAUGCACGGAGUUGCACGUGCUGGAGGGGGAGGCCAACAAUCCGGCGGUCAUCAGCCAAUGGCAAAGUGAGCCCAAAGAACGGGUCAUCUCCUUGGUUCUGACCCAUUUGCCACUACUGAAGCCUGGGAAUGCAGAGGCCAAGGGGGAAUACAUGCACCUCCUGCCCAAAAUCCUGGCACACACCAUUGAGCACGGGCGUCACCUGGAAGAGAGUCGACAGCUACUGUCCUACGCCCUCAUCCAUCCAGCCACGUCGUUGGAGGACCGUGCUGCACUCGCUCUCUGGCUCAACCACCUGGAGGAACGAGCGGCCGCUAGAGGGGCGGGUGAUUCCCUGGAGCGGACACCCACACCCCAUCAUCAGCACCCCCACCUGUACCCCCAGCACCAGCGCUACGGUUCAGAUGACCGUCUCAACGGAUGGCAGAGUUCCAGGGACUCCAGUCUGGGUGGCUGGCACCACCAACAAAAUGCAGAAAAUGGGCACCUCUCCCUUUAUCCAGCCUCCUCAGUCCCCACUACUAUCAACACAGUGGGCACAGGCAGUGGGACCAGCACCAUCCUGUCUGGUGGGCAGCACACUCCUCUGAAGCGCUCUGUGUCUCUGACCCCCCCAAUGAGCGGUCCUUCUGGUCAGCCCCUGGGCCACGGUUGGCUGUCCCAGGAAGAUCUGCGGGUCCGAGGCCCAGCUUCAGAUCAUGCGCCCUUGUCCCCUCAGAGUAGCGUGGCAUCCUCAGGCAGCGGAGGCAGUGAGCAUUUGGAAGAGGGCAUGGGGGGUGCAGUGCACCGUAGCACAUUCCACGAAGAGGGCAGCGGCAUGAGGGAUGUACCGGCAUGGUUGAAAAGCCUCCGCCUUCACAAGUAUGCAGCGUUGUUCUCAACAAUGACAUAUGAUGAAAUGAUGUCACUGACGGAAGAGCAGUUGGAAUCCCAGAAUGUCACUAAAGGGGCAAGGCAUAAGAUUAUUAUCAGUAUUCAGAAGCUAAAGGAGAGACAAAACAUGCUUCGUUCCCUUGAAAAGGAUAUUUUGGAAGGGGGUAAUCUCCGUACACCCCUACAAGAGCUUCACCAGAUGAUACAGACACCCAUCAAGGCUUGCAGAAAUGAAGAAUCUGGACAGAGGCCCUUGCUGGGACCUGACGGAAAGGGGAGUGUCCAGAGUUCGCACUUGAGUGGUGGGGAAGCAGAGUCAGGAGGGGCAGCCAUUGCAGAAGAGGAUAUCCCUGGCCAGUUCACUCGUGUCAUGGGCAAAGUUUGCACACAGCUCCUUGUCUCCAGGCCAGACGAAGAGAAUAUCAGUUCCUAUCUCCAGCUAAUCGACAAGUGCCUGAUCCAUGAGGCUUUCACAGAGACGCUCAAAAGGAGACUGUUGUCCUGGAAACAGCAGGUGCAGAAGUUGUUUCGUUCAUUUCCACGGAAAACUCUCUUGGACAUGGCGGGAUACCGGCAGCAGAGAAGCCGUGCCUUUGGCCAGUCCAGCUCCCUCCCAACUGCAGGUUGUGUCGGGGGUGGGGUAUCAGCCCGGAGGAGUUUACGCCAGUUCCAGGUGCCGUCACGGAGUGGCGCGAGGCUUGGGCUCCUUGGCACCACGGGCAUUCUGGGACCGACGCCACGCAGUGCCAGCAGUACCCCAAGCAGCCUGAAGCAAGGACGCCAGGGCCUGUGGUUCGCCAACCCAGGGGGCAGUAAUAGCAUGCCCAGCCGGACCCACAGUUCGGUCCAGCGCACCCGCUCGCUGCCUGUCCACACCACGCCACACACCAUGGUCAUGUUCCAGAACACUGAUCUCCAGGUAGCGGUAACAGAACCUGACAUCAACAACCGCCUUGAGUCUCUGUGCCUGAGUAUGACAGAACAUGCUUUGGGAGACGGAGUUGACCGGACGUCAACAAUCUGAGUAUGGUGCAAGGAGACCCAGAGGGAAAGUGAUGGCUGUGAGCCAGAGACAGGGUCACCCCAAGGUCACAAAGGUCCGCUUGCCAGCAGCCAGCCGCUGUGGUGUGUAGGGGGGGGGGGAGUCCAAGAAAGGAAAGGGGGGGGGACUAAUUUGCCAUUUCACAAAGGGCUCCACAUUGGCACGAUAAUUCACUUUGUAAUUAUCAUUCACUACAUUUUGUGAACAAAAAAUGUGUUUACAAAAUCUGAGGUUUUGGAGAGGAGAAAACAAAGUUUAAGACAAAACUAAGGUCUUUGCUGUAAAAUUUAGUUUUUUUUUGAAAAACGAACCAAAACAACAACAGGAAGUGGAGAAGCCUCCUCCUCCAAGAACUCAGAGGGUGAAUGUUGAGAUGGUCUGAAGACCCUGCUGAGCAGCGGCCAUCACAAAGGGUCGGUAAUCCUUUGGGCAGGCAGGUGGGCAGUCGGGCGGGUGGACAGAGGGAUGGUCCAGGCGAAGCCUGCCACGUUAGAGAAAGGAGCCGCAGCUCAAUCCAAAGCCAAACAACAACCAAACCAACAAAUGACUGAAGCAGUUGAUUUGUUCGCUUUGUUGGUUAAUUUGUUUGCUUUCUGAGUGAGGAAGGCUUUGUUCUGAGGGCAGAAGAAGGCAAUAAAACAUAUUGUUUACAUAUGAUACAAUUGAGGGUACUGAAACAUUUAUGGCUUUCAGGUAUGAAUGCUACCUUUUUUUUUUUUCUUCCUCCCCCCCUUCCUAAGCACGUGAUUAUCAUUUCCUACUGUAGCAUUCAUCAUUGUUUUGCCUACUUGCGGAGGAGCUGAGGGAGCCCACUCGGGUGUCGCAUGGGUUUAAGGGAAGCGUAGGUAGGGAACACCAAGACGAAGAAAGGAUAAAAAGGAAGUUGCCAAAGGAAACAAAUGCUAUGAGGAAGAAGUUGGAAAGGAAGAAGCAGGAGGAAAAGGAAAUGAUGCUGAGGUUAUAUUUCAUAGGACAUGUUCCUGCCAGCUUCAGUCUGUCAUUCCUUGGGAAGAUGGUAUGUAAGUACUGUAGGGGGAAAAUGUGAAUUAGACCCAAAUAUGGGAUUAAAGUUUUCACACACAGAAAAAUGCUACAAUAGGGUCUUUGAUUUUCAUUCCCAUUUGCUGUGAUCUUUUAAGGUAUACAGUAAAUUGCACUUUUUUUUUUUUUCCUUCUCUCCUGGUUAGUCGUAAAAUUUCAGUGAAGUUUGAUCUGCAUGUGGUGAAAAAUUGACUUGUUUUAAGGUGGUUAGAGAGCAUUGGUAUGGUAGAUGUGAAAGAUUAGAAUAGCAUCUUGUUAGAUGCAGGGCUGGAGGGGUUUCAGGUAGGCUGAGAAAUGUAAAUGUAGAUGGACAGUGCAUGUUUGAACAGGUGCUAAUUGUCGACAAGUGGAGGACAGUGACCUCAUGUGAAGCAUGUCUUUUUUUUUUUUUUUUUUUUUUU